GGAAACGUUUCACAAUAGAAUCGGCGUAAUGAAUACGCCCCUGGUAUACAGCUAACCUUCAGAGUUUGACUCUUUUUUUUUCCAGUGACUGACCAGUGGACACCAAAAGGAUGUUUGCAAAGUAUUCGAACAGGGUACUUUAGCUAGCUGAUAAUUACGACAACCUACUGACUGUCGCAAUCGGAAUGAUGUUGUUAGACAGUUGUCAGUCAGAUACUAGCUAGCGAAUCAACAAGGUUAGCUAGCUACAGUAGCUAGUUAAAUGCUACGGAAAUCAGGUGAAUCGGUCACUGAAAAUACAAGCACACAAAAGCUGCAAGAGUCUCAUAUUGAAACAUUUAGUCUGCCCGGAAAUCCAAUUUAGGAGAAGUAGGAGAAACAACAAAGAUGGCGGACAGGCUAACGCAACUUCAAGAUGCAGUCAAUUCGCUUGCUGAUCAGUUUUGCAAUGCAAUCGGGGUGCUGCAGCAGUGUGCGCCGCCAGCUUCGUUCAGCAACAUACAGACAGCAAUCAACAAGGACCAGCCAUCGAACCCCACUGAGGAGUAUGCCCAACUAUUUGCUGCACUCAUUGCCCGGACAGCUAAGGAUGUGGACGUGCUGAUUGACUCACUGCCUAGUGAGGAGUCUACGGCAGCUCUACAGGCGGCCAGUCUGCGGCAGUUGGAGGAGGAGAAUCAUGAUGCAGCGGCACGUCUCGAAGAGGUGGUAUACCGAGGGGACUUGCUACUGGAGAAGAUCCAAAGCGCCCUGGCUGAUAUUGCUCAGUCACAACUUCGUACUCGCAGUGGAGGGCCCAGCCAGACAACACUGCCUGAAUCAUGACCCCCACACAUGGGGCAAAGACAUUCGCACAUCACUUUCUCACAUAAAUACACCAGAGGGCGCAAAUGUGUACAGGAAAUCAAAUAAAGAACCCACUGGGUGGACCUGAACAGCUGACCUCUCAAGGAUGUGAAUAUAUGGAAAAUACUUCUUGCAAUAUGUGAGUGGGACAUUGGGAAGUUGGUGCUUGGGGAAUUCAGUGAGGCAAGCCAUGAACCCACAUGUUUCUUUACACAAGGACCUUGAGUUCUGCCAGCAAGGAACUGUUUACUCUGUCCUUUUCUUAGCACACUCUAUUUUGGAUUAAAAAGCACUGCUCCGGUGU